UUAACAUUGAAAGUGCAUCAUUACCUGUUGCAACCUUCUCCAAGUUUCAACCACAGUCUGAAGACUUUUUGGAUAUCAGCAAUCACAAAGCUGUUUUAGAAAAUGCUUUGCGUUUUAAAUGGUCAAGUCAAGUGAUGUAAAAGGUGCAAUGAUGUCCAGACAACGUGGCCAAAGCAGUUAUGGGUCUAAAGCACCCAUAGAUCUGGAACACAUUUGGUCAGACCUUUUACAAGGCAUUGAAAAAGUCUACAACAAACAGGCCAUGUCUAAAAAACAGUACAUGGAUCUAUACACUCAUGUGUACGAUUAUUGCACCAACGUAAAUAAUCAAGGAGGAAGGGGAAAUUCAGUUUCAAUCCCCUCUGCUGCCACUAGUAAAGCCAAAAAGAGUCAGGCGGCUGGUGGGGCCCAGUUUGUGGGACAUGAACUGUAUAAAAGAUUAAAGGAAUACCUAAAGGCUCAUUUAGUCAGUGUUCUUAAGAAUGGAGUUGACUACAUGGAUGAAACUGUACUCAAGUUUUACUCACAACAACGGGAAGAAUACCAGUUCAGCUCAAAGGUUUUGAACGGAGUUUGUGCCUAUUUAAAUCGACAUUGGGUGAAACGAGAGUGUGAAGAAGGGCAGAAAGGAAUUUACGAAAUUUAUCAAUUGGCGCUUGUUACAUGGAGAGAAAACUUAUUUCGCCAUCUCCACAAACAAGUAACAAAUGCCGUGCUGAAACUCAUUGAAAAAGAGCGAAACGGAGAUCCUAUUAAUACACGAUUAGUUAGCGGUGUCAUGAACUGCUACGUUGAACUUGGUACUUUGCUUACAUAGAUGGAGAACAGAAAAUCCGAAUACGUAAAAUAUCUCUUUUUUUUUUUUUUUUUUGGCUUGAACGAGGAAGAUCAGUCAGCCAAGGGACAGAAUUUAUCGGUCUAUAAGGAGUCAUUUGAGAAUUCAUUCUUAGAGGAUACCGAGCGCUUCUACACCCGGGAAAGUGCCGAGUUCCUCCGCCACAAUCCAGUGACAGAGUACAUGAAGCGAGCCGAACAGCGGUUAACUGAGGAACAAAAACGAGUGCAGACAUGCUUGCACGAAGCCACCCUUGACAAAUUAAGCAAAACCUGUGAAAAAGUCCUCAUAGAAAAGCAUUUGGAGAUCUUUCAGGCGGAAUUUCAACACCUCCUUGCCGACGACAAACAUGAUGACCUCGGGCGGAUGUACCAAUUGGUGUCGCGCAUAUCAGAAGGGUUAACGGAAUUGCGAACAUUGCUCGAAGAUCACAUAACCCAGCAAGGCUUGUCGGCCAUCGAACGCAAAGGAGAAGCAGCACACAAUGAUCCUAAGGUUUACGUUACUACCAUUUUGGACGUGCAUCGUAAAUACAACGCCCUUGUGAUGUCAGCGUUUCAUAACGAUGCCGGAUUUGUGGCCGCUUUGGACAAAGCUUGCGGGAGGUUCAUUAAUAGCAACGCAAUGACAAAGGCUGCAAAUUCCUCGUCGAAAUCGCCAGAAUUGCUGGCCAAAUACUGUGAUCUUUUACUGAAAAAGAGCGCCAAAAAUCCUGAAGAGGCCGAAUUAGAGGAUACGUUAAAUCAAGUGAUGGUCGUCUUCAAGUAUAUUGAAGACAAAGACGUAUUCCAGAGGUUCUACAGCAAAAUGCUGGCAAAGCGUUUGGUGCCGCAUAUGUCGGCUUCGGACGACGCCGAAGCGUCAAUGAUCUCCAAAUUAAAACAAGCCUGUGGUUUCGAAUAUACUUCUAAACUUCAGCGCAUGUUUGAAGACAUCAUCGGAGUCAGUAAAGAUCUCAACGAACAAUUUAAGCGCCAUCUAACCAAUUCUGCCGAGCCGCUUGACAUCGACUUCAGUAUUCAGGUCCUGUCGUUUGGUUCGUGGCCUUUUCAGCAAUCAGUCAACUUUUCUCUUCCAUCCGAAUUAGAGCGCUCCGUCCAACGUUUUACUACCUUUUACAGCAGCCAACACAGUGGUCGCAAAUUACAUUGGCUCUAUCAGAUGUCUAAAGGCGAAUUAGUCACCAAUUGUUUCAAAAAUAGAUACACUCUUCAGGCUUCAACUUUACAGAUGGCUGUACUCUUGCAAUACAACGUCUCUACUACUUGGACAGCCACACAGCUAAGCGAUGCAACAGGAAUCAAAAUGGAUUUAUUGCUGUAGGUGGCACAAAUUCUGCUGAAAUCUAAACUGUUGUCGUCUGACGAUGACAAAAACGAAUUGCAGCAGUCAUCUCAGCUGUCGCUUUUUGUUGGAUACAAAAACAAAAAAUUACGCGUUAACAUCAACAUUCCAAUUAAGGCGGAACUGAAACAAGAGCAAGAAGCGACGCAACGGCAUUUAGAAGAAGACAGGAAGCUAUUGAUCCAAGCCGCAAUUGUACGAAUCAUGAAAAUGCGCAAAGUACUUAAACAUCAACAGUUACUAGCUGAGGUUCUAAAUCAGCUCUCCUCUCGGUUCAAGCCGAGAGUUCACAUAAUAAAGAAAUGUAUUGACAUUCUCAUCGAAAAGGAAUACUUGGAGAGAACCGAGGGACAGAAGGAUACUUAUUCCUACCUCGCAUGACUUCUUUAUCCUGCGAGUUUUUCCUUAACUUUUGCCAUUUUCGCGUUUAACUUCUACGCUAAAAAAUGGGAGUCGAGGAGAGAAAGAGUUUUCACGGUUGUUGCCGCUGUUCAAUAGCGGUUUUGUACGAACAGUAGGAACCGUGACCAAUUCUAGGAACAAAGACGCUCACGGAGUUGAUACAUCAUAUGACUCCUGUUUAGCAUACCCAUUUCUGUCUUGACUCCCGUUCUAUAUUUACUUAUUUUCCUCGUUCUUUGUUCGUGUAUCUUACUGCACUUUUGAUUUGGCAUUUUCCCCCGUCUGCUCAUCCCCUCCAUCUGGCUGAGAACUCUUUGUAUAUACGUAAUCCUCGGAUCUGAGCGAUAGAAAGAAAAGGGGCCCUUUGCCAAAGGAAAUUGUUUGCCUUUGCUAACUGGGGUUCCUGUCUAAGGCUGUACUAAGUUGAUUGAAAUCUUGUGACCAUGCUGCAACAUUGUCCCGUCUUCUUGCGGGAUGAGUGGUAAGUGUAUUUUGAGUCCUUAGUUUUUGUCGCUCUCUGGAGGUUAUCAUUUUCGAUUGUUAGUGGGUGCGAAUGGGUUAAUGUAUGAAGUUCUGCUAAUAAUAUCACAAAUAAAAAUGAAAAUUAUUUCAUAUUAGAAUUUCCGAAA